GGGCGGGUCUUCCACACAUGACACACUGGUCCCACUUAGUUUAUUACUCACCUGUGCGAACUUUCAGGGCUGUGCGCGCCUCCCAUGAGCGCGCCUCAUGAGCGCGCCUCUGCCGCCGGCGGCAGCAGCGACAGCAGGAGCAGCAGCUUCCUCCGCGCCCGCGGUCGGUGUGCGCGGCCAACAGCCAGUUAUGGGCACGAGGCACCUGCAGGGGUAAAACGGGCACACCUGUCCUGUCCGAGCUCGGCACGUACGUCGUGGGCGUCGCGCGCUGCCCGACUCGACUGGCGGCCGGAGGUCCGAGGCUGUGGAGCUUCGCCGCUGAGGGAUGAUCAGAAAGCGUCGGGUGUCCGAGAGCGUAGGCGCGCGCCCCGGCGUAGAGGUGAAGAGUAAGAGCAUUGAAAGGGAGCCCCAGACGGGACGGCGCGAGUUUGGAGCCGAAUUCCGCCGCUUCUCUCUGGAGCCGUCCGAACUGGACCGCUUCCACGACUUCUACAGCCUGCUGCAGCUCGUGCACCGCAUCCCGGACGUGGACAUCCUGGUGGGGUACGCAGACACCCGGGGGGGCAUGCUGCCCAUCACCAAUGACGACAGUUACCGGAAGGCCGUGUCCAGCGCCAGGCCGCUGCUGCGCAUCUUCCUGCACAGGAAAGAUGACGCGGACCCAAACGCAUUCUUCAGAGAUGCUCCGCAGGGGAAGAAACAGGUUCUGGGGGCGGUGCUCCGGCGAGCCCGGCGCAAACCGCCCGUGGUCAUCGGUCUGCCGCGAGACUUCCGGCCUGUGUCCGCGGUGCUCGACGCGGACGUGCUUCCCGCGUGGCUGCGGCGCGUGCGACUCCACCGGCGCGGUUCGGACCACCCGCUCGGCUUCUACAUCCGGGACGGCACCGCCGAGGUGCUCACGUCGCGAGGAGUGCGGAGGGUCCCGGGAGUGUUCAUCUCGCGGGUGGCGCCCGGCGGUCUGGCCCACAGCUCGGGGCUGCUGUCCGCCAACGACCAGGUCCUCGAGGUGAACGGCGUCCCCGUGGCAGGGAAGUCCCUGGACCAGGUGACCGACAUGAUGGUUGCCAACAGCCACAACUUGAUCGUCACGGUCAGGCCGGCCGACCAGCGGCAUAACGUGGUGCGACCGUGGUCCGGUGCUGACCCACAACUGCCCUUUGGCAUCGAGCAGAACUUCCUGUCUGAGGAAGAGGAGGAGAGCGAAGAGGAAGACCUGGUAACGGAGGCCGGGCGGGAGCCGAGGCCCGUCCCACGGUACGAGCUGCACCUGGGGCUGAGGCCGGCUGCCCCGCGGACCCCCAGCAGCAGUAGCGUGGGGUCUCAGAGCACCGUGGACAGUGGGCAGGGAGCGGUGGGGGUGGGGCCAGAUCCAGAGGAGGAGUCAAAGGAGGAGCCUAAGGAGGAGAGCAGCUCGGGGGAUGAAGGAGUGGCUGUUACGCUGUAACGACACACAUAGAGUGUAUCUCUCGCUCUCUCCCACACACAAAGGUGUAAACACACACACACACACACCCACAUAUCACAUCAACCCGUGUAACGCAAGACAUUAUGAGACACACAGUUGACACCUGGGAACCAAACACCCGUUACAGUAAAUUACUGCAUUUGCUACAAGGUGUAAAUUCUCAACUCGAGUGGAGUCCAGGCGCAGUUGUACAACGAACAAAUAAGACUGAUAAACAAAGGCUAAUUAAGUUUCCAAUCUUUCCAUGAUUCAAACACUUUCCUGUUUAUUUUUUUAAUAGCUUUUUCUUUGCUCAUCUAUUUUCUAAUACGGCUCCUCUCGUAGCAGUGAAGAUGACCUGUAUUUACCACACCAGCUGAUAGGUGGCAGUAAAGAGCAGCCAAACAGAAGAACAGUGUGGAACCGCUUUAUUUCAACUCCCUUCCACGGUGUUUGCAGCUCCUGUCUGUUUCUCCUGAGUGUCAGCGAUCAGUGACAGGAUUAUUAACGCUGUGCACGUCUACGGGACGAAUUAGUUGAGAGUGAGCAGGUGUUUGCGGCGACAACACAAUUUUUUGUAGUUAUUUUAUCUAGGUUUUAAUUUUAAUGUAGCUUUCAUUUUAAAAUUGUCAUACCAUUUUUUUAAAAAUUCCUAUAGCUAUAUCUCAGAUUUUUACAAAUGAUAACCCAUAAACAGACUGAGUGAGGAGUGGACGAAGUGGACACACACAAACUGCAAAUUAUGUCCUC